AUGAACCUGAUCUUCCAUGACAUACUCGGGAAAAUCUUAGAGGUUUACAUUGAUGACGUGGUCGUGAAGUCUAAGAAGCAAGGGGACCACAUUGAGGAUCUCAGAAAGGUUUUCAAGCGCAUGCGGCUACACAAGCUCAAGAUGAAUCCUGCCAAGUGCGUUUUCGGCGUCCAGGCAGGCGAUUUCCUGGGGUUCAUUGUCCAUCAAAGGGGCAUAGAGGUCCCUGAGGAUAAGCCUUUUUCCCUACUGCUGAAGUUGAAAGGACAGAAUGAGUUUGUUUGGGAGCCUAAACAUCAAGAGGCUUUCGACAAAAUCAAGGCCUAUUUAGCGAGCCCACCAGUGCUUGUUCCUCCCAGAGCCGGAUUCCCAUUAAAGUUGUAUAUUUCAGCAGCUGAGGCUUCCAUUAGUAGUCUACUCGCUCAGGAUGAUGAUAAGGGUGUAGAACAUGCCAUCUUUUACCUCAGUAGGACACUCACAGAUUGCGAAACUAGUUGCAUCAUCGCUCAAACUGAUCUAGUCAAUUAUAUGCUAUCGCGGCCUAUCCUGCGAGGUCACAUUGGCAAGUGGGUGCUCGUCUUGUCAGAAUUUUUGCUACAGUAUGUCCCACAGAAAGCAGUAAAGGGGCAGACCAUAGUAGACUUUUUGGCACAUCACCCUAUGCUGGACGUCCCCGCAGUGAGAGAUUUAGAGGUUGCGGUUGAACCAAUAGAUCACCAGGAUUUGGCGUCCUUAACAGAAUACGCCGCGCUGUAUCAAGCCACAGUCUCACUCCAACCCUGGGUGUUAUAUUUUGACGGCUUAAGAACGGAUACACUGGCAGGCGUAGGGGUUGUUUUGGAGAACCCAGCUGGCUAUCAUUUCUCCUAUUCUUUCCAGUUAGAGUUCUGGUGCACUAAUUACCAAGCAGAGUAUGAGGCCCUCAUUAUAAGCCUAGAGGUAUUGCUGGAACUAGGUAUUAGAGACAUUCAGGUCCGCGAAGACUAUUUGCUCGUGAUCAAUCAGCUUUGCGAUAAGUUUCGGUGCACGAGCUACUUGCUUACACCAUACUUGGAUCGUGCGCUUGAGCUCCUAGACCAAUUUGAUGAUGUGGACUUAGAUCACAUUCCUCGCGAGCAUAACUUUGUCGCCAAUGAACUAGCUCAACUGGCUAUAGGGAUAACUUUAAAAUAUGGUGUUCGCGAGCGGAUCUUGAAAGUCGAGUGCCGCACUCUGCCCUCAUGGCUCACGAGACCUGACCCACCCAACGAGCCAACUGUGGUUGUGUUGGAUCCUAUCAAUUGGCGCGGCAAGGACGGCAUCGAUUUCAGGUGUGUGUAUGGCCGUAAAGCAAAGCGACUAAUGCAAGAAGCUCAUGCAGGUGUGUGUGGAGCCCAUCAAGCGGGCCCAAAAAUACGCUGGCUGAUCAGACGACAUGGGUAUUAUUGGCCUAGUAUUUUGAAGGACUGCAUCGUGUUCGCGAAAGGGUGCCAAGAUCGCCAGGCACAUGGACCAGUCCAGCACAUUCCCAAUAUUCCCAUGCAGCCUAUUAUUAAGCCAUGGCCUGCACGAGGCUGGGCAUUGGAUCUGAUUGGAAUGAUUCAUCCUCAUUCGUCUCUCCAGCAUAAGUUCAUCAUCGUCGCUACCAAUUUCUUCACCAAAUGGGUAGAAGCUAAGCCUUUGAAAGAGGCUUCUGCGCCACGAUACGCCAAUUUAUUUUCAAUCAUAUUAUUUGCAGGUUUGGCAUUUUGGAAGUGCUGGUUUCAAACAGGGGGGCAGCGUUUAUGGGGCGCGAUAUGCAAGAGCUCAUCGCUGACUUGGGUAUCCAGUUUAUUCAUUCUACUUCUUACUAUGCUCAAUCCAAUGGCCCAAGCAGAGGCCAGUAACAAGAUUAUGAUCACUUUGCUGACGAAGAUGCUCACAGAGAAUCCUCGCCAAUGGCAUGAAACACUGUAUGAGACACUUUGGGCUUAUCACACUUCCAAGAGGAACCCUACUACCACCACACCCUAUGCUAUGAUGUUUGGCCAUGAUGCAGUUCUACCUUUGGAGAUCAAUGUUCAAUCUCUGCGCGUCCAGGAUCAACAUCAUUUGAUUGGCGAAGAUUAUGUCCAGGUAAUGUGGCAAGAACAUGAGGACUUAAGCGAGCAGUGUCUGGCGGCCUUGGACAACUUAGUACUAGAAAAGCAGCACAUCGCUCGCGCCUAUGAUAAGAGGACACGUGUAGACCCCGUGAAAUUCUGA